AUGCAAAAUUAUUAUAUUUUGAAAAAGACAAAGAACAUUAGAAAUAAAUGGAUGAGUGAGCGUACAGUAAAGAUGAACAAUUACCUUUACCUUAGAACUACGAUGGAACACCAACGUGUUAAUAUCGAUAGUUCACUCACGUCAUUUAUUAUCUUCAAUUUUGCUUUAUCCCAAAUAUAUGCAAUUAAUUGA